AUGUCCGUUAUUACGAAACAAAGUAGUCAGCUUUGCAAAGCACGCUUGCACUAUCGUCUUGAGACGCAUGCCGCCAACCCUUUACAUAAGAAAAAGUUGUUUUCGGCAUUUAAAAAAGGAUUUGCUGUUGUCUUAAACGCUAAAGCCAAGACUUACGGAGUCAAGUCCUUUUCCAAAGGCAAGAGCCGCCGAGCUGACGACCUUAUAAACGCCGAUAAGUUAAAGGAUUUUAAAGAAAGCUUGCGACCGAUUGAGUUGUCUUUUGACGACUUUGAUUCAAGUGUAAAGAUCACUCUAGAAAGUGCGAAUUCUAUCCGUGAACCACGGUUCACGGGCCAAAUCGACGAAUCUAAAGCAUCAUCUUCUCAGCCGGAAUCCUUAGACCGCGCUUUCGAUAAAGCUAUAAAAGCCUUAAGUAACUUGCCCGAAGACGAGGACGACCCAACUAAUAGCUCCGGACCUUAUUUUAACCUCGCUGACCCUUCGUCGGCUAAGUUCACACCUAUCAACGAUGCGACCAACAAGCGCAAGAACGACACGCGCUCUCUCACCUUUAAAGAUGCUGCUGCUAGCACGUUAUCGUCUAAUGCUGGCCCUGUUAAGAGAAGAAGACCCUCUCAGCUUGAGGAGAACGAAGGAGUUAAGGACGUAAGCACGGAAGGAGACCAUAAGGAAGCUGCCGAAGUGUAG